AUGGAUAACACCAGUACUCUUGAGCCUCCACGGGGCCCCGCCCUCCCCCUCGAGAUCUGGAUCAUUAUCGCCCAGCAUCUCCCUAAGUUGGGCGACGUGGCGGCCCUCGCAGGCGUCUCACAGGCACAUCACGACGUGCUCAACUCUGUGCUGUAUAGAGUUGCUGCCUCUUCAGAUAGCAGGCUAAGGGCCAUCUUCUGGGGCGUAGUCCAUGACCUGCCACGCACAGUUACCAGCUGCAUCGUCGCGGGCAUCGAUGUCAACAGCACUUGGGAGAAUCAGAGCGGUCAUCGUGGCCAGCCAAACGAUAUCCCAGCCCACGGCGAUACUGGGACGGAAAUCACCAUGCCAGGGUCUCUCUACGCCACAUACUGGUCGCCGAUUCAUGUUGCUGCGGCUCACGGCAAUGUUGAGAUCUUGGACAUUCUGCGUCGAAACGGCGCCCAGCUUGACAAGGCGUGUCACGGCAUGUGCAGAUGCCAUCGAUGGCCGCUGGGCAUCAAUGUGCUCGGCUCAAGAACAAAUAUCGGGCCUGGGCCGCCAGACUGGACAGCGUUCCACAUGGCCAUCUGUUCGGGUCCGUCCCUCUCUGCGGUGAAAUAUCUCUUGAAGCAUGUGUCCAUGGACGUGGAGACCGUGGAACGACAACCAGACCGCAGACGCGUGGGCCUGACCCCUCUGCACACUGCCUGCAUAGCUGGACGUGUCGAUAUCGUCAAGUGGCUACUCGAUGAUGUUGGGGGCAUUGACCUCGAGGCCCAUGACGACUACAACCGACAGACUCCGUUGGCAUGUGCUUAUCUCUACGGAAAGCCAGCCUGCUUUGACUACUUGCUCAGUCGCGGCGCAGACAUCAACACCACCGCCCCCAGGCUGACCGACCUCGAACUCGACCACCUAGAUCUUGUGUCCCCCCCGACCCAUAAGGGAACAUUGCUAUACCACGCCAUCGCAUGCCGCAGAUUCAAGCAAGCCAGAAAGUUGAUCGAGCGCGGGGCGGAUCCGGUACUGGCGGAUAGACUGCGAGGCGCCGAGAAACCUCUCAUCCAUUUGGUCUGCAGCAUCCCUUGGAACAUGAUUUCCAACUGGUCCAAAGAAAGUGACAAAGAAGAUGGGGUCGAGCUGCUAGAUUGUUUCCUCGAGUCAGGUUUGGAUUUCAACACCAGUAGUGAAGGCCACACCGCGCUGGGCCAUGCCGCUGGUGCGACGAACACCGAGGCCGUUCGUCGUCUGGCGCAAGCUGGUGCCUGUGUCGACGGAGAUCCUGAGAAAGACCGGUGCACCCCUCUUGCAUAUGCUUGUGAGAACACAUGGAACACGCCGUUGCUGGAGCUGGUCGAGCUCCUCCUCGGCCUCGGCGCCUCGCCCAAUGCAAUAGCUGAAAAUACUGUCUCACCUUUGUGGAAUCUUUCCUCAAUAUGCUACGGAGAGCCCGACACUAAAGAAGUUACGGAACUGCUUCUUCGCCAUGGGUCGACGCCCGGACGCGGAAGAGGCUCGACUACUGAACCAACUAUUCUAUCAGAAUUCCCGUUUACCAUGAAUGAAGAUCGAGAGACUACGGCUCUCGAGCAGCGAUUGAGAGACAGGAAUCUUGAAGAGUUCAAAUUGCUCCUCGCAUACUAUAGCCCCAGCGAAGCCGAAGUCCUGACCUUCUGGGAGAUAGCCUGCGACAAAAAGGAUCAGGAUAGUGCUCGCUAUAUCCUUUCUCAGGACCAGGAUUGCACAAUUGCCCGUCUGGCACACCACCCUCUUGUCCGCUUCCUCUCUGCUGAUACCCGCGACACUAGCAGUUGUAGUGACAUUCUGGUGACUCUCCUGGAGCAAGGGGCCGACCCGCACCUCUUGUGGUUUUCGUAUGAUCCAUUAGAGUACCUGCUACAUCAGUGGAAAUGGCCCUUGUCCGCGAAGCUUCCAGUCUAUAAGGCCCUCAUGGAGGCGGGAUCCUCCAUUCAUAAGCCGGUGGAGUUUUUGCCACGUCCGGGCCGGAUGAUCAUCGCUACCCCUCUGGGAUUGGCAAUCCAGGGACUAGAGCCCUAUACGAAGGUAGUCGACUGUCUAUUAGAACACCAGCCGUUGAGGAGUCACGGCCAAGCCCUGCUGGGCGAAUAUAUCUCUGAAGCGUGCUGCCUCGGCAAUGUGAAAGCAUUGCAAGCAAUCAUUCGAUCCACGGAGGCGGCUCUUCCGAUCAUUGAGAGAGACGCCAUUGGGCUGAUCCACAGCCUCCUUGAUAAACUCAUUUCGAAGCAAAAAUAUGUUCGAGACAUGAUGGCAACCAUUGACUGUUUGGAGCUUCUUCUGAAGUCAGGCGCUGUUGACAUCACUUCCAAUCAAUCAAGGAACGAAGGCCAUCAAACAAUCAAGGACAGGCUGCUCAAGUAUACCCACAUCCCUCCAUUACUCGUAAAGUCCAAUCUGGACCGAGCAGCUGCCUGGUGCUUCCAGCAACGAAUGGAAUUGGGAGUUUUGGAUGAGGCAGUGACCUUCAAACCUCAGACUAUGUCGAUGUACUUCCAGCUCAAGCUAAAGAUUUAUCACGUCGGGGUGAUAGUCGGCCACCCACAGAGACAACUAAAAAUCGUUCCGAUAUAUAAGCAAACAACUGGGCGCGUCAGACAUUGCUAG